CCGAGACGAGCGCAGGAAGAAAAAGAUCGCGCAGAGGUGCGAAGAGAGUCGGGGGUUAAUCCAGGCAUUUCUUUGGAAAGACGCUGCAUCCCCUCUUCCAAAGCCAGGAUGGAGGCUCCGGUGUGCCUGAUUGAGAACAGAAGAAAUCGCCCCCAUGUUACUCCGGAGGCCCUUCAGUUGCUCUCAGACAUCCGGAAUCCGGUGGUGGUGGUGUCCAUCGUGGGACCAUAUCGCACGGGCAAGUCCUAUCUGAUGAACAGGCUGGCUGGCAAAAAUUCAGGUUUCCCUUUGGGCUCCACAGUGGAAGCAAAAACGAAAGGAAUCUGGAUGUGGUGCGUUCCCCAUCCGGACAGGCCUAACCAAACCCUUGUCCUGCUGGAUACUGAGGGAUUUGGUGACACAGAAAAGGGCAGUCCUGAAAGUGAUGCCUGGAUCUUCGCUUUGGCUGUGUUUCUGAGCAGUACCCUUGUCUACAACAGUAUUGGGACCAUUGAUCAGACUGCCCUGCACAAGCUUCAUUUUAUGAUGGAGCUGUCUAAACAUAUCAAGGCCAAGUCUUCCUCCACUCCUGGAGAUACAGAUUCUGAAUUUGUUUGCUUCUUUCCAACAUUUGUCUGGGCUGCGCGAGAUUUCACACUUGUGCUGCAGCUGGAUGGGAAAUCCAUCACAGAGGAUGAAUAUCUCGAAUAUGUUCUGAAAUUAAAAAAAGGUGACAGCAAGAAGGAGCAGGCAUUCAAUCUGCCACGGAAAUACAUCCGACUGUUCUUCCCCACCCGGAAGUGCUUCGUCUUUGAUUGCCCUACUACACGUGAGAACUUAUGCAAUGUGGAACAGAUGUCGGAUGAUCAGCUGCACAAAGGUUUUGUGAAACAAAGAAAGAAAUUCUGUCAUCAUAUCUAUGAAACAUCUCAAGUAAAGACUCUUCCAGGAGGGCACAUUGUCACUGGCAACUUGUUGGCAAAGUUAGUCAAGUUCUAUGUGGAUACUAUCUGUGGGAACAUUCUCUGCCUGGAGAAUGAAGUCUUGGCCUUGGUGGAGAUUGAGAACAGGGCAGCCGUGGAGGAAGCUGUUGCUCACUAUGCGCAACUGAUGGAGAAAAGUGUGGAGCUACCCACUGAGACUCCCCAGGAACUUGUGGAUGUACACAAAAAAUGUGAGGAAGAAGCCCUCAAGAAGUUCAUGGCUCGUGCUUUCAAGGAUGAUAAACGUCUGUUCCAGGCUGAACUCAUGAAAACUGUGAAUAGCAAAAAGGAAGAGUACUGCAGCAAAAAUGAGCGGGAAUCUUCUGAAAUCUGUUCAGCUUUAUUGAGCUCACUCUCUGAGAACCUGGAGCAGAACAUCAAGAACGGAAGCUACUCCCGAUCUGGUGGCCACCAGGAAUUUGUAAAUGACCUCCAAAAAGUGGAGAAACAAUUCUUGGAGACACCUAAGAAAGGAAUAAUGGCAGGGAAAUUCCUGAAAGAAUUCCUCCAGAGCAAGGAAAACAUCAGCAAAACCAUCCUUCAAUGUGAUGUGAGCCUUCAAGAGAAAGAGAAGGAAAUAGCAGAUGCAAAGAUGAAAGCAAAAAAAUUAGAGGAUGAGGUUCAGAAGCAGAAACAGGAAAUGUGGCAACAGAAGUUUGAGGACCAGAAACAGAGUUAUGAGAUGACCCUUCAGAAGCUAAUGGAGAAAUUGGAGGAAGAAAGGAAACAGAUGAAGGAAGAGCAGGAGAAAAUGAUCCAAAGGAAACUGAAGGAGGAAUUGGCCGCUUUCGGCUACUGCGGCUAUAAAAAAUUUGUGAAAGGAGCACAGGAAGAAAAAGAUCACGGAGGGCUGCGAAGAGAGUUGGCGAGCGAUCCAUUGAUUUCUUUGGAAAGACGCUGCAUCUCCUCCAAAGUCAUGAUGGAAGCUCCGGUGUGCCUGAUUGAGAACAUAAGAAAUCGCCUUCAUGUUUCUCCGGAGGCCCUUCAGUUGCUCUCAGACAUCCGGAAUCCGGUGGUGGUGGUGUCCAUCGUGGGACUGUAUCGCACGGGCAAGUCCUACCUGAUGAACAAGCUGGCUGGCAAAAAUUCAGGUUUCCCUUUGGGCUCCACAGUGCAAGCAAAAACGAAAGGAAUCUGGAUGUGGUGUGUUCCCCAUCUGGACAGGCCUAACCAAACCCUUGUCCUGCUGGAUACUGAAGGGUUAGGUGACCCUGAAAAGGGCAGUCCUGAAAACGAUACCUGGAUCUGCUCUUUGGCCGUAUUGUUGAGCAGCACCCUGGUCUACAACAGUGUGGGGACCAUUGAUCAGACUGCCCUGGACAAGCUUCAUUUUGUGACGGAGCUGUCUAAACGUAUCAAGGCCAAGUCUUCCUCCACUCUUGGACAUACAGAUGACACGGCUGAAUUUGUUGGCUUCUUCCCAACAUUUGUCUGGACUGUGCGAGAUUUCACACUGCAGCUGGAACGGGAUGGGAAAUCCAUCAAAGAGGAUGAAUAUCUCGAACAGACUCUGAAAUUAAAAAAAGGUGACAGCAAGAAGGAGCAGGCAUUCAAUCUGACACGGCAAUGUAUCCGACUGUUCUUCCCCACCCGGAAGUGCUUCGUCUUUGAUUGCCCUACUGUACCUGAGAACUUACGCAAUGUGGAACAGAUGUCAGAUGAUCAGCUGCACAAAGGUUUUGUGGAACAAGCAAAGAAAUUCUGUCGUCAUAUCUAUGAAACAUCUCAAGAAAAGACUCUUCCAGGAGGGCACAUUGUCACUGGCAACUUGUUGACAAAGUUAGUCAAGGCCUAUGUGGAUACUAUCUCUAGUGGGAACGUUCCCUGCCUGGAGAACGCAGUGUUGGUUUUGGCAGAGAUUGAGAACAGGGCAGCCGUGCAGGAAGCUGUUGCUCACUAUGCUCAACUGAUGGAGCAAUGUGUGGAGCUACCCACUGAGACUCUCCAGGAACUUCUGGAUGUACACAAAAAAUGUGAGGAACAAGCCCUCAAGAAGUUCAUGGCUCGUGCCUUUAAGGAUGAUACACGUCAAUUCCAGGCUGAAUUCAUGAAAACUGUGGAGAGCAAAAAGGAAGAGUACUGCAGGAAAAAUGAGCUGAAAUCUUCUGAAAUCUGUUCAGCUUUAUUGAGCUCACUCUCUGAGAACCUGGAGCAGAAUAUCAAGAACGGAAGCUACUCCCGAUCUGGUGGCCACCAGGAAUUUGUAAAUGACCUCCAAAAAGUGGAGAAACAAUUCUUGGAGACACCUAAGAAAGGAAUAAUGGCAGGGAAAAUCCUGAAAGAAUUCCUCCAGAGCAAGGAAAACAUCAGCAAAACCAUCCUUCAAAGUGAUGUGAGCCUUCAAGAGAAAGAGAAGGAAAUAGAAGAGAAAAAAAUGAAGGCCAAAGCCAAAGAACUAGAGGAUGAGGUCCUGAGGCAGGAAAUGAAAAUGCUCCAACAGAAGGUGGAGGACCAGAAACAGAGUAAUGAGAUGAACCAACAGAAGCUAAUGGAGAAGAUGGAGGAAGAAAGGAAACAGAUAACGGAAGAGUGUGAGAAGAUGAUGCAAAGCAAACUCAAGGAACAGAAGGCUUUGUUGGAAGAGGGUUUCCGCAAGGAAUCGGACCAACUGAGAGAGGAAACCAAGCAGCUCAAAACCAAAAAGGAAGCUGUGGAAUCAUCAAGUUGGACCGACUCAGCUCUUGACUUGUUGAAAAAGGCAGCCCAUAUUGUAUGGCCGAUAGCUCUUUCGUAUUUUCUAAAAGGAUUUAAGCCUUUCUAAUCUAAAACUUCUGCUUGGAUUUUUUAAAGGCAUGUCCCCGCUUUAAGAGUUGUAUAACUUUUCAGGUGUCAGGUUUUUUUUUUUUUUUAAAGAAAUGAGAAACUCAAAGUGGUCUGGCAGAAGAAAAACAAGAUAAUUAGGGCAAUAAAUAGUAUUUUCUAAAUCAAUUUUCCAGACAAUUUUAUUUCAAAUGAAAUUUCUCUCCCAGAAAGUGCCUCUACUUCCUAGAAGGGACCUGGCUGCGCUCAUGAUACAGUUAUUUUAGAUUCAUUACGUAGAUUUAAACUCAUGGCGUGCAAAAUCAUUCUCAGACCUUAGGGAUUUCUUUAAGAAGGCUGAGAUUCAUGUCAUUGGAGGAUUUUUGAAAUAGCUAAUGAAUGCCAGUAG